AUGAUGCGAGCAAAGAAGAUUAAGUACGACGUCAUCGGACUGAUCGAGACGAGACGACCUCACCCUCUCAACGCCGUAUAUGAGACUGGAGAAGAACUGUUCUUAGGAACAUGCGAGAGUAGAGGUGUUGGUGGAGUUGGCGUCCUCGUCAACACGAGUAUGGCAAUGAACAUCGACUUUUUUGAACAACUUACGACCCGAAUCGGACGUCUGCGGAUGAGAAGAUGUGCCCCAACACUAGCUUUGACUGUCUUCGUCGCUUACGCUCCAACAUCAAGCUACGAAGAAGAAGUCGAAGCUUUCUAUACAAACCUGGAGAAAUUUUUCCGAGAAGAUCAUGCCUUCUGCAAGGUCAUAAUUGGCGAUUUCACGCUGAGGUUAGAGUCACCCGAUGGAGGGUAUCAUAAUGAAAUAGACCAUAUCAUCGUCAGUAAAUGGUUCUGCCUGACGGACGUCGUUGUUGUGCCAAAGAUCUAUGCGGGAUCGGACCAUCGCCUCCUCCGAGAAAGAUUUUCCUUCACAAGGAAAGAAGAGAAAGUUGUCAAGUUCAGAGAGCAAAAUCUCAGAGCUACCAUUAACUGGGAUCUCUUCGCUACGCUAGCCGACUUUUGGGAAGAUUCCGUAAUGGACAAAAUCGACAAGGAGUAUGACCGCCUCGUUGAACACCUUCACGACUUCACGAAUAAGGCUGAGUUUCAAAACUACCAAAAGACGAUUGAAAACGUCUUGGAUGAAGGACAGCCAUGCGAGCAUGCAGGGUUUCGAAAAGGAUUCAGCACGAUAGGCCACAUUCACACUGUUUCGAAACUCAUCGAGGUAUCACGAGAGUACAAGAUGUCGCUCUGUCUCACCUUCAUCGACUUGAAGAAGGCCUUCGACUCAGCUGAGACCGAAGCGGUCGUGGAUGCCUUGGACAACCAAGGCAUACCCGCUCAGUACAUAAAGGUACUUCGAGAGUUGUACAGAAACUUUACGACCGGAAUUUCGCUAUUUUACAAGAAUAUCAUCAUUGACGUGAAGAGGGGGGUCCGACAGGGUGAUUCAAUCUCACCCAAAAUAUUCACAACCACCAUCGAGAACGCAAUGCGGAAGUUGGAAUUGGAUGACAUGGGAGUGAAGGUUGAUGGUCGGCAGCUACACCAUUUGCGCUUUGCUGAUGACAUCGUACUGAUAACAUCUAGCAUCAGCUAA